UCUGAGUCUUAAAAGCGGAGGACGAGAGAGCAGCUGCUGUAUUUUUAGGUUUAGAGAAAAAACUCAGAGUUCAAUCCUCAUUCAGCCUAGAUGGGGCGUAUGCAUAGUGGAGGUAAGGGUAUUUCAUCAUCAGCUUUGCCAUACAAAAGAACACCACCAAGCUGGUUGAAGAUUUCUUCACCUGAUGUUGAGGAUAACAUUUGUAAGUUCGCAAAGAAGGGUUUGACUCCAUCUCAGAUUGGUGUCAUUCUAAGGGAUUCACAUGGUAUUGCUCAAGUUAAGAGUGUUACUGGAAGCAAGAUCUUGCGUAUUCUUAAGGCUCAUGGGCUUGCACCUGAGAUCCCAGAGGAUUUGUACCAUUUGAUCAAGAAGGCUGUUGCUAUUAGGAAGCAUUUGGAGAGGAACAGGAAGGACAAGGACUCGAAGUUUAGAUUGAUUUUGGUUGAGAGCAGGAUUCACCGUCUAGCCCGUUAUUACAAGAGGACCAAGAAGCUUCCCCCAGUCUGGAAAUAUGAAUCUACAACUGCCAGUACUCUUGUUGCUUAGGUUGGACUUCCAUCUAGGUAGAGUGGGGUUACUGUUGGGAGCUUGAAGAUAUCCAUUCUCUUUGAAUGGGGAGACCUAUGCUGGAUUAGUUUCUUUUGUCAAAUUCUGAAGUGGAUUAUGUUAUUGUUUAAGUUCUUUUAGGAGAUAAAUGUAUGAACAACAGUUUUGAUGAUUGGGUCUAAUUACCUUUAUACAUUUGGUGUUUCUGUUUUCGUAAUUUGAAGUAUGAGAUAGUAUUAGAAUGACACUUUUUUUUAUUAAACUUCUAUCAUAUGAUCUCAUCUUUACUAAUGUGAACGUUGGUCAUUUUGUCUA